GGGUUUCCCCGGACCAAUGGGAUCCAUCGGCUACCCCGGACCUCGUGGCGUUAAGGGAGCAGAGGGAAUCCGAGGCCUGAAAGGUGGCAAAGGAGAAAAGGGAGAAGAUGGGUUCCCUGGCUUCAAAGGCGAUAUGGGGCUCAAGGGCGACAAGGGUGAGGGGGGUGUAACAGGACCCCGCGGAGAAGACGGACCCGAGGGCCCCAAGGGCACAUCGGGACCCAACGGAGAUUCCGGUCCCAUCGGUCCAGCUGGAGAGAAGGGAAAGCUUGGAGUGCCCGGUUUGCCCGGAUACCCUGGAAGACAAGGUUCCAAAGGCUCCAAUGGCUUCCCCGGUUUCGCCGGAUCCAAUGGCGAGAAAGGCGCAAGGGGAGUUGCUGGCAAAUCCGGACCUCGAGGCCAACGCGGCCCGACGGGUCCACGUGGUGGGCGUGGUGCCAGAGGGCCUACAGGAAAACCAGGAGCAAAGGGCACCUCCGGCAAUGAUGGACCUUCAGGACCACCCGGAGAGAGGGGUCCUCAAGGACCACAAGGACCUGUCGGCUUCCCCGGACCAAAGGGACCCAAUGGCCCCCCAGGAAAAGACGGGCUGCCAGGUCACCCAGGACAGAGAGGAGAGACGGGCUUCCAAGGAAAGACCGGACCACCAGGACCUGGAGGCGUGGUUGGACCUCAAGGUCCAACCGGAGAGACUGGACCAAGUGGAGAACGAGGACACCCUGGUUCCCCAGGCCCACCUGGAGAGCAAGGUUUGCCAGGUGCUGCUGGAAAGGAGGGCGGAAAGGGAGAUCCUGGUCCUCAGGGGCCCGGCGGUAAGCCAGGUCCUGCAGGUCUGCGGGGCUUCCAGGGAGCGAGAGGUCUUCCAGGCGCCAUGGGUCCAGCUGGCUUAAAGGGAGGAGAGGGGCCCCAGGGUCCCCCAGGCCCCAUCGGUUCCCCAGGUGAGAGAGGCGCGGCUGGCCCCGGAGGUCCCAUCGGCCUGACUGGACGCAAUGGACCCCAGGGACCACCAGGACCGGCUGGCGAAAAGGGAGCUCCUGGAGAGAAAGGUCCCAUGGGCCCCGCUGGCCGCGAUGGCAUUCAAGGUCCUGUCGGACUUCCCGGUUCAGCUGGACCUCAGGGCCCACCUGGAGAGGAUGGUGACAAGGGAGAGGUUGGUGGACCUGGACAGAAGGGAGGCAAAGGAGACAAGGGCGAACUUGGUCCACCAGGCCCCAGUGGUCUUCAGGGUGUGAUCGGAGCUCCCGGUCCAGCUGGCAGCGAUGGCGAAGCCGGUCCCCGCGGACAACAGGGAAUGUUUGGCCAGAAAGGAGACGAAGGAUCCAGAGGCUUCCCCGGUCUUCCGGGACCCAUUGGACUACAGGGUUUGCCCGGCCCUCCGGGUGAAAAGGGAGAGAACGGAGACGUCGGAGCCAUGGGUCCUCCUGGACCACCAGGCCCCCGUGGCCCCCAGGGACCAGGUGGAGCCAGCGGAGCUCAAGGCCCCCCCGGUGGUAUUGGAGGUCCAGGAGCUGUCGGUGAGAAGGGAGAAACUGGUGAAGCCGGCAACCCAGGAGCACCUGGAGAGCCAGGUUCAGCUGGCUUGCGAGGAGAGACUGGCGAGAAGGGAGAAUCUGGUCCGCCCGGAGCCGCUGGACCCGCCGGGGCCCGCGGACCCCCUGGAGAUGACGGCCCCAAGGGUAACUCUGGCCCUGUUGGCUUCCCAGGAGACCCCGGUCCUCCUGGUGAGCCUGGUGCUGCUGGACUUGAUGGUCUAGCGGGUGACAAGGGAGACGAUGGAGAGGCUGGUCAACCGGGUCCCCCAGGUCCUUCUGGUGAGUCCGGAGUACCAGGACCUCCUGGCAAACGGGGACCCAUUGGACCAGCGGGACAGGAAGGACGACAAGGCGAGAAGGGAUCCAAGGGCGAAGCCGGAGCUGAAGGACCUCCCGGAAAGACCGGUCCUGUGGGAGCCCAAGGACCUACUGGAAAGCCUGGUGCUGAGGGUCUUCGAGGAAUCCCCGGCCCUGUCGGUGAGCAAGGACUUCCUGGUGCCUCUGGAAAAGACGGACCUCCUGGACCUCUUGGACCACCUGGACUUCCUGGUAUGAAAGGCGACUCUGGAUAUAAGGGAGAGAAGGGUCACCCCGGUCUCAUCGGUCUCAUCGGACCCCCUGGAGACUCCGGAGAGAAGGGAGACAGAGGUCUGCCCGGACUGCAGGGUCCCGCUGGUGGCAAGGGUGAAUCUGGUAUUAUGGGUCCUCACGGACCUCUUGGUCCUCCUGGUCCUCCUGGUAUUCCUGGCGCUCAUGGGCAAAAAGGCUCCAAGGGAUCACUUGGUGCAGCAGGUCAGAAAGGAGACCCCGGACUGAUGGGACCACCUGGCCCCCCUGGCCCGGCCGGUGACAUCAUCCAGUCACUGCCAAUCCAGCGUGUGUCGAGGAAGAACAAGCGUCACGCCGAGGAACAGGCGGACGAGGCGGACGACGACUACAGCAUCGAUGGGCUGGCCAUGGAGGACGUGUUUGGCUCCCUCAACAACCUCAAGCAAGACAUCGAGCGUAUGAAGUUCCCUCUGGGCACCGCUGACAAUCCCGCCCGCACCUGCAAUGACCUGCGCCUCAGCCAGCCCGACUUCCCAGAUGGUGAAUACUGGAUCGAUCCCAACCAGGGCUGCGUAGGAGACGCCAUCAAAGUGUUCUGUAACUUCACGGCGGGCGGCGAGACGUGUAUCAAUCCCGACAAGAAGUCCUCGGGGGUCAGAAUAUCCAACUGGCCCAAGGAGACGCCCGGUUCCUGGUUCAGUGAAUUCAAACGUGGAAAAAUCCUGAACUACGUGGACGUGGCCGAGAACAGCAUCAACGCCGUGCAGAUGACCUUCCUGAAGCUGCUGAGCUCAUCGGCGCGCCAGAACUUUUCCUACGUGUGCCACCAGUCGGCGGCGUGGUACGACGCCAAGGCCGACAGCUACGACAAGGCUCUGCGCUUCCUGGGCUCCAACGACGAGGAGAUGUCGUACGACAACAGUGCCUUUAUCAAACCGCUCGUCGACGGCUGCGCUUCCAAGCAGGGCUACUCCAAGACAGUUUUGGAGAUCAACACCCCUCGCAUCGACCAGCUGCCCAUCCUGGACGUCAUGCUCAACGACUUCGGCGACUCCAACCAGAGGUUCGGCUUCGAAGUCGGCUCCGUCUGCUUCCUUGGCUAGACACCCCAAAUCUCGCCCCCGCCCCCCCCCCUCUGAGAAACCCCUCUCCUGACCCCCGCCUCCCACCUUAUGCCCCCUGCCCUCCAACCACGCCCCCUGCCCUCCCUCCCCCCAACCGAUGGACAGGGUCGGCGGGCGCAAAGCAAAGAAGAUGAAAGAUAGUGGGGACUGUGGUCACGUCCCUCCCCCCACCCUGUGGGGUCGCAACCAUGUGACUGAGAUGCGAGUCAGGAGCGGGAAGAGGGGGAAAAAAAAAAAGAAAAAAAGGAAAAAGGACUUUUGAUGGCGUGGCAGGCGGACGCGCUCGACCACAGACGUGCGUUGUCGCAAAACACUCAAGGUGCUACACAAAUUGCUUUUUGAUGAAACUGUAAUUAUUAUAAUAAUUAUUAUUAUUUUGUACAAUAUUGUGCCUUUCUGAAUCCAACAUCCUUAAGAGACUUUGCAUGUGUCCCAGCCCGUAAAUUGUUUUGUUCAAUGUUAAGAAACUGUACAACCAGGACAUAAAGCACAUUUGACGAAAUUUGUAAGUAUCAAAAUAUUUGUAAAUAAAAUUGCCUAUUAUGACAACAAGCAAAAAGUGCAACUCUAAAGACAUUUUAGUAUUUUUUUCAUGACUUAGAGCAAAGUCGAGCCAUAAUAAAUAGUAAUAUAAAUAUUGUCCAAAAGUCUUGUCCUUAUCCAUAGCCUAAAUGUGGGCCAUAUUUGUCUGUUCUAGAAUACAUGAAGUUGGGGGGUUUUCCCCCCCAAGAACAAAUUUUCUUUCGUGUUAAUUUACCACCAAACAGCCUUGUUGACUUAUUGUGUGCCUUUAAAAAAAUAUUAAAACUGGAUUCUGAAACUGGA